GCACAUCUCCUCACAUCGCUACUAACUACACUUUAUUCAUCCUCCGUGUCAGGAUAAACUCCACUCGUCUCACUGAACUUUGGAGAUUAUAAGGCCCGCUUAUCUUGCUAGUUGUUUUAGCGCGCUAGUUAGCUUAGCAUGCUAAUUAGCUUAGCUUGUUAGCUGCUAACAAAGAGACGCGGAUUUGAUCAACACAUCGCUUAGUUAAGAUCAAGUGUGAGUGUAAAGUGUUGUGAUUGUGUGAAAAUGUGUGAAUGAACGAUAGCAGAGUACAAAGAGGAACUUUCUCGGACAAAAGAAGAGAACAAGAGACUACGUCAACUACUGGAAGCUGUUUUCAAGAAACCCUAAGUUGUGUUACACAGAACAGACCUCUGUGAAGAACAUCUUCUCCCUGAGCAACAGAAGUGGAGCUUCAGGAUGCGGAUGGAGGAGCCACAGCCCUCUCACAUUAAGAAGGAAGAGGAAUACCCAUUGUUCCUCCAUUUUAAAAAGGAAGAGGAAGACCCACUGACACCCCAUUUUAAAGAGGUCGAGGAAGACCCACUGACACUCCAUUUUAAAGAGGAAGCGGUGGAUCCACUGAGCCCUCACAUUAAGGAGGAAGAGGUGGAUCCACUGACACCCCAUUUUAAAGAGGAAGAGGAGGACCCACUUACACCCCAUUUUAAAGAGGAAGAAGAGGGCCCACUGACACCCCAUUUUAAAGACAAAACGGUGGAUCCACUCAGCCCUCACAUUAAGGAGGAAGAAGAGGAUCCACUGAUCCCUCACAUUAAAGAGGAAGAGGAGGACCCACUGACCCUUCACAUUAAAGAGGAAGAGGAGGAACACAGCAUCAGUCAGCAGGGAGAGCAUCUUGAAGGACUGGAGGAGGUUGAUGUCACCAAGAUGCCAGUGACUGGUGUCCCUGUGAAGAGUGAAGGUGAUGAGGUCAAAGGUGAAAGUGAGGAGAAGAGAGAGGCGGAGCCUCCAAGCAGCAGCUCAACUCAACACAUGACAACAGAAGCUGAUGGAGACCACUGUGGAGGAUCACAAGCAGACAAGCUCUUAGCUCCACUAUCAGAUAGUGAGGACACAACGUCACACUCUCCUGACACUGAUGAUGAACACUCUAAAGAUGAUAAGACAUGUCACACUGACAACACACACUUCACAUGUUCCCACUGCGACAAAACUUUUAAAUACCAUUGUUAUCUGAAAAGACACAUAAAAAUACACACUGGAGAAAAACCUUUUUCAUGUUCAAUCUGCGGUAAAAAUUUUACUCAAAAGCACCAUUUCAAAGCACACAUGAGAAUACACACUGGAGAAAAACUUUUUUCCUGCUCAGAAUGUGGUAAAAGUUUUGUAAUGAAUCAAUAUUUAAAAGUACACAUGAGAACACACACUGGAGAAAAACCUUUUUCAUGUUCAAUCUGCGGUAAAGAUUUUACCCAAAGUCAAUCUUUCAAAACACACAUGAGAAUACACACUGGAGAAAAACCUUUUUCCUGCUCAGAAUGUGGUAAAAGUUUUGUAAUAAAUCAAAGUUUAAAAGUACACAUGAGAACACACACUGGUGAAAAACCUUUUUCAUGUUCAAUCUGCGGUAAAGAUUUUACUCAAAGGACCCAUUUCAAAUCACACAUGCGAACGCACUCUGGUGAAAAACCAUACUCCUGUUCAAGCUGCAACAAAAGCUUUCGUUACCUAAACACUCUUACAGCACACACGAGAACACACACAGGAGAGAAAGUGUUGAGUUGCAGUGUGUGUGGUGAAAGAUUCUCUUAUAAGUACCAGUGUGAGAAACACAAGUGUGCUGGUGAGAACAGCAGCAGCAAAUGAUUAUGCAGGAUUUGAAAAAAACUGUCAAAACUUUAACUUUGACUUUCUAACAUCAGCACAUAUAACAUGUGUGACAUCAUUGUUGUGUGUGUAACACCAUUUUGUUAAUAUGAUUCUAACAUUUAUAGAUUAGACACUUCAGAUUAGUGCUUUUAUUUCAGUCAAGUACAUGAGUUAAUAUACACAUUUGUGUACUUUAAAAUGAACAGAACAAUUUGACUGAAAAGGUGAGAAUAAACAGUACAUACAAUAUGUUACAUACAGUAAACAUUUUAAGUGUAGAUAUUCAUAAUUCACUUUUAUACUUAUUCAUAAUAGUGUUUUAUAUAUGUUUUUUUAAAUAAUGAAGUGUUACAUAUUUUAUUUUCUAAUUGUAGAUUUCAUUCAUUUCAUUUUUGUAUUUAUCUCCUUCAUUGAUGUGCAUGUUUGAUAGACAAUUAUACCACAAUUAUUCAGUUAUACAGUUACACAUCAAUGCCUGAGAAGGAGCAGGACGAAGAAAAGUCUUAUAUUUUCCUGCCCCUUUCAACCUAAUAUGUAGUCUUACUUAAUGAUAUAUAAACCAACAAUUACAUCCAAAUAUGACAAAAACAAGUGCAAAACUUCAUGAAGUACAAACCGAACAAAAAAACAAAAUAAGUAAUAUACACCUCACGGGAUGAUACAAAACAAAUACAAAACCAAGCAAAAAAUAAGUAAAAUAAUAAAUAUAAAGCAAUAAGGGAAACACUUAUGGCUGUCCAUAUGAUUUUAUUGUUCUGUCUUUAUAUAUUUUUUUCAAUUGGAAUAUAUUUUUACAAUCUUUUAUCUCAUUGUAAAGAGAAUUCCAUAGUUUAACCCCCACCACUGAUAUGCACAUUUGUUUUAAAGUUGUCCUUGAAUACUGAUGUUGGAAAUGACCUUUUCUUCUAUGCUCUUCAUUCUCAGAAGUGAUGACAAACAUUUUUUGUAAAUUUGCUGGUAAUGUUUUACUUUUAGCCUUAAACAUGACACAUAAUGUCUGUAACUUUACUAGGUCCUGUAAUUUCAAUAAACCCGAAUUAAUGAAUAAUAUGUUAGUGUGUUCUAAGUAAUCUACUUUAUGAAUAAUCCUUAUAGCUCUUUUCUGUAGUUAAUACAAUGCCUUUAUGUUACUCUUAUAUGUGUUCCCCCACACUUUAUGUUACUCUUAUGUGUUCCCCCACACUUUAUGUUACUCUUAUAUGUGUUCCCCCACACUUUAUGUUACUCUUAUAUGUGUUCCCCCACACUUCCACACAGUAGCUGAUAUAUGGCAAUAUAAGUGCACAAUACAAUAUACGCAUUGCCCUAUAAUCUAACACAUAUUUGACCUUAUUUAAUAUAAAAAUACUCUUAGACAUCUUUUUCCGUACAUGUGCAAUAUGAGAUUUCCAUGUCAGACCGUCAUCCAGUAUCACUCCUAAAAAUCUAAGUUCAGAAACCCUUUCAAUAUCAAUUCCAUCUAUUGACAGUUUGAUCGUUUCCUCCCUUACAAAAAAUCAUGAACUUUGUUUUUUCUACAUUUAAUGAUAAUUUAUUGGCAUCAAACCAUCUCUUAAGUUUAACCAUUUCCUGUUCAAUAAUUUUUGAUAACGCUUUUAAGUCAUGUCCCGAACUAUAAAAGUUGGUGUCGUCCGCAAAUAAUACAAAUUUCAAUAACUUUGAUACCUCACAUAUAUCAUUUAUAUACAAAAUAAACAAUUUUGAUCCCAAAACCGAACCUUGUGGAAUUCCACAUUCAAUCCUCAUUUGUUCUGAUGUAUUACCCACAAAAUCCACAAACUCUUGUCUAUUAUCUAAAUAACUUCUUAGCCAGUCUAAAACUACUCCCCUCACACCAAAUGAAUACAACAUGGACAAUAAUAUAGAAUGAUCUAUAGUAUCAAAUGUUUUUUUUAAGAUGGAUCAAUACCCCUAUAGUGUAUUUCUUAUUAUCAGUUGCUGUUGCUAUAUCCUCCAUUAUAUUCAUUACAGCUGAUGCAGUGGAUCUAUUGGUCCGGAAUCCAUACUGGCUCUCACUCAACAACAUGUUCUUUUCAAUAAAACUGUCUAAUUUUUCUACAAAUAUUUUUUCAAUUAUUUUAGAAAAUUGUGACAGCAGUGCCACUGGUCUGUAAUUAGUGAAUCUAUGUUUAUCUCUAGUUUUAAAGAGUGGAAUUACCUUUGCUACCUUUAUUCUAUUUGGAAAGGUCCCUGUUUGAAAAGCAAGAUUAAAAACAUAACAAAGAGGUUUGAUGAUACAGUCAAUAUUCUUUUUUACAAGUAUCAUGUCUAUACCAUCACUGUCUGUUGAUGUCUUAUUUUUCAGUUUUGUUACCACCGAUUCAUUUUCACUAACAUCUCCUAGAAGCAUGGACUGUAGCACUUUGCUUCCCCCUCUCCAUCCACUCUGUAUAUCUUUAUGUUCUCCAAUACUCUCUGCCAAUUUGGGUCCAACAUUCACAAAAAAAAGAAUUGAAUCCAUUUGCCACUUCAUUCAUAUUUGUUAUCAUCUUAUUAUCCUCAUUGAUAAAAUGGCUUGGUGGGUUUGUAAGCCCCUAUUUUUUUUCCUAUUACCUUGUUCAGAAAAUUCCAAGUUCCUUUGAUAUUGUUUUAAUUUUUUUCUAGUAAAUUAUUAUAAUGUUCUCUUUUUGCUUGUCUCAUUAUUGUUAUCAAUGUGUUUUUGUAAACCUUGUAUUUCGUUUCAGCAUCCUUUGUUCUUACUUUUAUGAAAUCUCUAUAAAGUUUUUUUUUUUUUUUACAAGCAUUCUGUAGUCCCUUUAUAAUCCAAGGCUUUUUAUUGUAGCUGUCUCUUUGUUUCCAUACAUUCGGACAAUGCUUUUCAUACAAUGAUAAAUAUAUAUUAAGAAAAGCCUCAUAUGCGGCAUUUGCCUCUCCCACAUCCACCUCAUUCCAGUCUGCUUCAAAUAAGUCCUCCCUAAACUUAUUUAUUGCCUCUUCAGUCCUUUUCCUUACAUACCUAUGGGUUUUUUCCUCCCUCUUUCUAUCAAUUGGACAGUCAUAAGUAAUAAACACAGGUAAGUGGUCACUUAUAUCAUUAACUACUAGUCCACUUUUUAUACUAUUUUCUAUGUCAUUUAUAAAGAUGUGAUCAAUUAUAAAUUAUAAU